GCUGCAGUCUCUCCGACAUGAAAGCGACUGGGAGAAUGUCGAAAGGCAGCGCGCAUAGACGGAUGCUUGAACAUGGUAUGGAUGCACCGAUCUUCGCUUUGAUGCUGCUCCUUACUCUCAUUGUGCCCGACGCCUCCAAAGCGGAACAGAGUACAUGCAACGUGCCGCCACAGAACGGGGUUAACGCGGCAGUUUGCGAGAAGCCCAAUCCGAGGUGCAACAUCAUGGCUAGCGGCCUUGUCGACGGCGAUCAAGCAAACAUUCUCAGCCUACACAACCAGGAUCGCAGCCACGUGGCGCUAGGUGAAUUGGACGACUUUCCCCCGGCGAGAAACAUGUACAAGAUGGUGUGGAGUGACGAGAUCGCCGAGUCUGCUCAGGCAUAUGCGAACCAAUGUGGAGAAGGUCUUGGGCCUGGCAGGCACAGUUCGCAGGAUCAAAGACGCACAGAGCACUUCUCAUUCAUUGGUGAGAACAUCGCUCACGAAGCCUUCACAGCAAAUAUCACUAUGCGUCGCUGGGAAGUGCACAUACACAACUGGUUCAAGGAAUACCAGUAUUACCCGCCAGAGUCUGUGUCCAACUUCCAGCCACCCCCAGGGCCCGAAGUGACCCAUUUCACCCAGGGCGCCCUGAGUGUGUCGUAUGCGGCUUGA